AUGAAGACAGACGAAGCUUGCACUCGCAGAGGAAUGUGGUGCGAUAGUGAAAUGAAGAGACAGAGAAACGAACUCAAUGAAGUUACCGUUACCCUUAGAGCCCUUGACAUGUUCUGUAAGCAACUUCAACUACAUUUGUCUCAUAACAUCGAUGAAGUUACCAUUACACUUGCUGUCAAACCCUGUCAAGGGGACCCCAAACCCGGAUGCCAGAUUCACGGGUUUGCAGUUUCUUCUGGGUUUGCUUCGUAUACUACGAUUUCAAAUUCUUUGAUGUGUAUGUACACCAAAGCUGGACAGUUUGAUGGUCCCUUACUUAUCUUUGAGACUAUGUGCUAUAUUGAUAUAGUUUCUUGGAAUACUAUUCUUUCGGGGUUUCGAACAAGUGAAGGUGCAUUGAAUUUUGCUCUUAGGAUGAAUUUUAAUGGAGUUGUUUUUUAUCCAGUGACUUAUACUACGAUUCUUGCUUUUUGUGCGGAUCAUGAAGAUUUUCUAUUUGGAUUACAAUUGCAUUCUCUUAUAUUUAAGUCUGGUUUAGAUGGUGAAGUUUUUGUUGGAAAUGCACUUACAAGUAUGUAUUCGAGGUUGAGGCGGUUAAUAGAAGCUAGGAGUGUGUUUGAUGAAAUGGCGAAUGAGGAUCUGGUUUCAUGGAAUGCAAUACUAUCAGGUUACUCUCAAGAGGGAAAUCAUGGGCUUGAGGCGAUUUUUGUCUUUAUUGAGAUGGUGGGAGAAGGGAUGGGUUUAGACGAAGAAGAUGUCAUCUCUCUGUUUAAUGAGAUGAGAUUGGAUGGAGUAUAUCCAAAUGAUGCUACAUUUGUUGGACUAAUCCAUGCUAUAUCAGUUAGGAAGUUGGUGGAAGGCGAAAUGAUUCAUGGGUUUUGCAUAAAGACUGGCUUUUUAUCAAAGCAUAAUGUUUGCAACAGCUUGAUCAUCAUGUAUGCUAAGCUUGAGUCCAUGCAUGACUCCAUCAAAGUUUUUGAGGAGCUAAACUACAGAGAAAUCAUAUCAUGGAAUGCUUUGAUUUCAGGGUAUGCUCAGAACGGGCUGUGUCAAGAUGCACUAAAAACAUUCUUGGUAGCAACUAUGGAGUCGAAGCCAAACAACUACACAUUUGGUAGUGUCUUGAGUGCAAUUGGUGACGCUCGGGAUAUUUCUCUGAAAUAUGGCCAAUGA